GCAUACGACCAUCACUUUCUUUUUCAGUUUUUGUGAAUUAAAUUUUGUAAAAAUUUUUACUUUUUUUUAAUUUAAUUAAAUUUUUUUGACUAUAAAAACGAUUCGAAAAUUAUUCGAUAGUGGUUUUUCUUUUCGUUUUUUUUAUAUUUCAAAAUUGUAACUUAUUCGAAGAAAAAAAAAUCAACAAAAUAUGGGUGGCCAAUGUUCAAUAGUACCGAAUCAAGAACCUGAAUAUCAAAUAUUAAUGGUACCACCACAAAAUAAUCAGGAUAAAAAACGACGAAGAUCACGUUCAGGAAGUAGAAUAGAUAGACUUCAACAACAACAAUACGUACCAAUUUAUGGUUAUUCGGGUUAUCCAAUUGUACAAGGAUAUCCAAAUCAAAAUCCAUUUAUGCCACCACCACCAAUACCAGAAUUUUCAACAUUACCACCACCACCACCUGGUUUUUUAAAUCCAUAUAAUCCAUAUCGACCACAACCACCACCACCACCAUUUAUACCUGGUAUGAUGCAAAAUCAUCCACAAGGUUAUCCUGUUUAUAAACAAACAAGUAAACAUUUUUGUUCACCAGAACUAUAUGAAUCAAUGGUACAAUUAAUAGCAGCUGAAAUGAAAAUGAAAGAAAAACAACAACAACAACAAUUUGAUUCAAUGAAUAAUUUUUAUAAUCAAACAACAACAUCAAGUAAUUUUCAACAACAAUCAACAGCACGGUCAAAAUCCAAAUCCAAAUCAAAAUCAAAAUCAAAAAGUCGACAAAGACGUGGUACUAAAGUUUUGACAACAACAACAUUGAGUGAUACAUUUUCACCAAGAAAACCAAUUUAUGAUUCAAAAAAUAGCCGUGAUCAAACACCAAAAGAAUUGGCACAAAAAAUUCAACAAUUAUUAAAUGAUAAUAAACAACAUCAAAAUUCAAAAUUAAAUGAAAAAAGUAAACAACGCCGUAGACGUAAUAGAAAACGUGGUUCAAAAUCAGCAUCAUCAUCAAUGAGUGAUAAAAAAGAAAAAUCGAAAAAAAAUCGUAAAAAAUUAGAUAAAUCAAGUAAAAAAGAAUCAAAAGAUGGUACAGAAAAAGAAGAAAUUGAAGUGAAAACAAUAGCUAAAGGUACUGGUGGAAAUGUUGAUGAACCAUUUGAAAUAAAAAUAACAGAUGAUGAUGAUUUAAGUACAUUUAUAAUCAGGCCAAAAAUAAAUAAAUUACAACCAGAAAUGCAAUUAAUAAAAGAAAAAUCAUCAUCAAGAAAAUCAUUGGUUAUCAAACAGAUUCUGAUAACACCAACAUUCGUACCGAAAUCAAUAUCACCACCAAAAUCAACAGCACCAUCAACACCAAAAUCAGAUAAUCAACAACAACAACAAGAAUCAUUUUCAACAUCAAAUUCAUUACCAAUUUAUGGUUAUAGUGGUGGAUUUCCAGUUAUUAGUGGUUUUAUGCUUGGAUUGAUUAGUGGUGGAGAAAAAAUGAUUGUAAAAUCAAAUGAUCCAAAACAAGAACAACAACAACAACAAGAAUCCAUUGGAAAAAAUAAUCCAAAACAAGAACAACAACAACAA